AUGAAGAACCAAAGCAUCGUGACCACAUUCAUCAUGCUGGGACUCUCCAGUAAACCCCAACUCCAGGUCCUACUCUUCAUCCUAUUCCUCUCCAUCUACAUCAUCGCCCUGCUGGGCAACUUACUCAUCAUUGCUGCCAUCCUUUCCAGUUCCAAGCUCCACAGGCCCAUGUACUUUUUCCUCUUCCACUUGGCUGUGGUGGACAUUAUCUGCACUGCCACCAUCAUCCCCAAUAUGCUGGGAAAUCUAGUGGCUGUGACUAAAUCUCUCUCAUACCGUGGGUGCAUGGUCCAGCUCUUCUUCACAUGGUCUUUGGGGGCUGAGAUGGUGCUCUUCACCAUCAUGGCUUAUGAUCGCUAUGUGGCCAUUUGCCACCCUUUGCGUUACAGCAUCAUGAUGAACAAGACCAUAUGUGUGGGCCUGUCUGCCCUAGUGAUAGUCAUUGCUGUGGUCAACUCGUGGGUGCACACUGGCCUCGUGCUGCAGCUGAGCUUCUGUGGGCCUAACGUUAUCAACCACUUUUUCUGUGAAAUCCCAUCGCUGCUGGCUCUCUCCUGCACCUCAGUGCAUUUAAACGAGGUUAUGGUCUUCACGGCGGACAUUUUCCUAGCUAUGGGGGACUUCCUGUUGACACGCGUCUCUUAUUUUUUCAUUGUCAGGGCAAUCCUGAGGAUCAAAACGGCUCAAGGGAAGAGAAAAGCCUUCUCCACCUGCUCCUCCCACCUCAUUGUGGUGUCUCUUUAUUACUCCACUGUCAUCUACACUUACAUUCGGCCAGCCUCUAGCUACUCCUUCGACAGGGACAAGAUUAUAGCCACCUUGUACACCCUGGUGACUCCAACUCUCAAUCCUAUAGUCUACACGCUAAGGAAUAAAGAUGUCAAGAUGGCCAUCAAGAAAAUGCUUCCAUACCCUGGGAAAUAG